AACAGCGUAGAUCGCUUGGUUCAUUAUAAAGGCAGCGUUCUAGUUUUGACGCGUCGCGUCUCUCGCAGUUUACAGCACAGCAACAAGCUCGAGCUGCACAACCGGUUAGACGCCUCCAAACCCGGAAGACGAGCGUAAGGGAUGGGGAAGAUCUCUCAUUUCACUUGAUCAAACUUUACCAAAAUUCACAAAACUUCGACCCCUGUCAGUCACUUCUGGUCAUACAACAGCUUUGAUAAGGAUGGCAGCGUCCGCGAUCUUCAUCCUGGACCUUAAAGGCAAGGUGCUCAUAUGUCGAAACUACAUGGGCAACGUGAACAUAAAUGAGAUUGACAACUUUAUGCCCAUAAUGAUGAAGAGAGAGGAAGAUGCAGAUUUGUCACCAGUAGUUAUUCACGGCUCGACCCACUUCCUCUGGAUCAAGCACAGCAACCUCUACUUGGUUGCAAUAACAAAGAAGAAUACCAAUGCUGCUCUUGUAUACUCCUUCCUGUACAAAUUAGUGGAGGUGUUCACUGAAUAUUUCAAGUCACUGGAAGAAGAGAGUAUUCGAGACAAUUUUGUGACAGUAUAUGAGCUAAUGGAUGAAGUCAUGGACUUUGGAUUCCCUCAGACCACUGAUAGCAAGAUCUUACUAGACAUUAUGGCACAAAUCACACGGUUGCUGCCUUGCCCGACAGAGCGUAAUAAAUUGUACAUGGCAGUCAGUGCUACAGGCAGUGUUCUGCGUAGCGAGAUUCUGGGCUGCAUCAAACUCAAAGUCGUUCUGUCAGGCAUGCCUGAGUUAAGGCUUGGACUCAAUGACAAAGUUCUCUUCGAGAUCACAGGCCAUAAACAUGCUUUGUCCUAUUGCCUUUGCCAUACUACAACUUUAGUUUCUGAAAGUGUAGCUUUGGAAGUUUUACUUGGUGUGCGAAGUUGUGCUAUAGUUCCUCCAUCUGUUCUCCAGGCCCGCAGUCAGUUCAAGAGCCGCUCCACUGCCAACGAUGUGUCCAUCUUAGUUCCUGUUCCCAGUGACGCUGACUCCCCAAAAUUUAAGACCACCACGGGCCAGGCUAAAUGGGUUCCUGAGAAGAGUGCUGUAGAAUGGAACAUCAAGUCCUUCCCUGGCGGGAAAGAGUUCAUGAUGCGUGCUCAUUUUGGACUGCCAAGUGUGGAAAGUGAUGUACUCGAGGCCAAACGACCAAUCACAGUGAAGUUUGAGAUUCCUUACUUCACAGUGUCAGGCAUUCAGGUGCGAUACUUGAAGAUUAUCGAGAAGAGCGGAUAUCAGGCAUUACCGUGGGUGCGAUAUAUUACUCAGAGUGGAGAUUAUCAACUGAGGACCAACUGAGAGAGGACAGCACUUGUAUAUGUUGUGUGCUGUCUGUCCUUUUUCAUCUGCGAGAGAGCUACUGCUUUUCACACAACAAUUGGACUGCUAUUGCUUUUAUCUGAGAUCAGGUUUUACAAAUUAAACAAGGAAGUCAGACCGCAAAGUUACUGCGAAACCCCUAUGAAACAAUCGAUUUUGGAUUAUAAUCCUAAAAUCGUGUUACAGAAACGUCCUAGAAUCUACCUAUAUAUGUUACAGUAUAUUUAAAAAGAUCUUUUCACCCUCAUGUCGUUCCAAGCCUGUAUGCAAU